AUGAACAACUUCGGGGUUAUUGAGCUCGCCGGGGCCAAGACGACCUCGGCGCCCGGCUGGGCGUACGUCCCUGACACACGCCUCGCAGCCCAGCAAGCCGCGAGCACGACGACAACGAACCGCAAGCGUGCGAGGAACGCCCCCGGCGGCGGGCUCACGCUCAGCGACCUCACGGCGCGGCAGGAGACCAAGGCGCGCAAGGAGCUCGAGACGCUGGACCGCGAUGGCGGGCGCGACGCCACGAUCCCGCUUCCUGGGAAGAGCGGACGCACACAGGGAAAGCACACGGCCAACGUGCGCAAGAUUCUACAGUCGCAAAAGACGUUUGCCAACCACCUCGACGACUUCCUCGCCCUGCAGGCGCUCAACGAGGCCAACGCGGCGGCGGCCGCCGCCGCCGCCAGCAAGCGAUCCGGCGCCGCAGCACGCAACAAGGACAUCUCCGCCACGCCCGGUGGCGACACGCCAAUGCCCGACGUGGGUGAAGGCUCGGCGGCGGAUGACGGGCGGCCGUCGACGCUGCUGGCGGCGCCGCAUCGCCCUCCACCGGCCGCGCACCCCGGAGACACCGACCCGCUGCUCGUGAGCCGCGUGCCGCCGCUACCGACCGACGCGGAGAUGAGGCGGCUGCUGGCGGCGCCGCCGCUCAGCUACGGCGAGGCCCGCGGCAACUGGGCCGGUGGUGAGGGCCGUGGUCAACGCCCGGCGCCGCGCGGGUUCUGCGAGGUGUGCGGAUAUUGGGGCCGCGUGCGCUGCCUCAAGUGCGGGACGAGGGUGUGUGCGUUGGACUGCCUGGAGACACACCGCGAGGAGUGCGUGACGCGGUACGGCAUUUAA